GGUGACCUCGCUUCUUUGAAGUCAUUGGUUUUGGUCGUUUCCACCGUUGAACGACCCGGCAGCCAUUGACGCCCGAAGCGCCCUGCUUGAGCUUCAGAAGAUGUGGUGUGCCUGCAAUCAUGCUGAGGAAGAACCCUUCGCUGACAAGGCGAGCUUGCCGAUGUACAGCGACGCCGAGCUGGGUCAAAAACCCGUGGAGCCGAACGAGGAGACGAUUCAAAAGUUCAGCGAGGUCGAGGUCAUGGCCCAACCCAAGGCUGCUCAGAUCCAAGAAAGCAGAGAGGAAACCGAGGAGGAAUCCAUCGAGGAGUUAGCAGAGAAGAAGACAUCAGCUGAGAAUAUUGCCGCGGAGAUGGAGAAGGUGGAGAGAACGGCUCAGAAGGCGCUUGAAGCACAGAAAGAAAACGCCAAGGCGUUGCAGGCAAUGGAGCGGGUACACGAAGAAUACAUGACAAAAAUGAGGGAGCAGCAACAGUUAGCAGAAAGCACCAACAAGGAGUUGCAAGAUAUGAAGAAGGCGUACGAAGAUAAGAUUAAGAAGAUACAGGAGGAACAAGAGAAGGUGAGCGUAGACGCAGCAAACACCAAGAAAGCUUUGCAGGAUAUGGAGAAGGUACACGAAAAUAAAAUGAAGGACCAGCAAGUGACCAACACGAAAAUAUGGGAGAGCAUGAAAGACAUGUCAAAAGCACUGCAGGAUGAGAAAGUCAAGAAUCGUGUGAUGGAGAGGUAUGUUGAGAAUGACAAACAGAACAAGGCAGAAGAAAAACUCCAAGCUCAGAAAGCCAAGAACAAAGCCGAGGAGAAAGAGCGGCAAUUGAAGCACAAGCCUCCUGAGAGUGUUUAUACAGCAGCCUUGAUCACGUGGUUAUGCUUGAAGUGCCCCAAAUGCCAAAAGCACUCCAUUCUGAGCUUCUUCGGAGUUGAGGUCUCGAGCUUCCUUGUUGCCGGUUUGAGCGUAGCAGCUCAAUCCUUUGUGAUCUACUACUUGUGGUACGACCUGGAGCAGCGCCUCGAGUGGGGCCAGGACCCAACAUACAAGGGCGAAAGGGCCAUUGCCCCUUGCUCCUUACACCUCAAUCUCACCUUACAAUUGAUUGGUGCUGGCGCGUUUGUUGGCAUCAUGCUGGCCGACCUGGAGGAAAGUCUCAUGAUGUUCUGGUGGCUCUACCAGAAAAAUGUUCUUCAUGAAUCCGACGAUCCAGGAUAUGAAACCGGUGGGAAGAAUGGCCUCAAGGUUGAGGGGGAGGAAGUGGUGGAAUUCAGCAUGAGUCGACGCCGGAGGAUUUUGGGUGCCAUUUUCUGUGUGCUGCCCAAGUUCGUGAUCACCGUAUGUCUCACUAUCGUUGGAACCCGGUUUGUGGUCCUGGCUGACGACAAUGCCGAACUACUCCUGAAUUGUGUGGCCAUGAUCUUUGUGAUUGACUUCGACGACCUGGCACACAAGAGGCUGUCUCCAAUCCGCAUGAAGAAUCUUGUGAAGCACUUGCCAGAGGCUGUUGCCAAGCAGGGUGGCUGCUUGCAGUACGUUGACAAUUACCUGGGGGGCCUGUUUAAGGGUACUCUGUGGGUAGGGAGUGUUGUGUCUUUGCGCUUUAGCCUUUACUGUGGAUAUGGUUGUUGUUGGCCCUCGACAGAUGAAGAUAGAUAGUCGUAGAACCGUAGGAAUCGCAGGAAUUGGUGGCCUGAGAGGCAAAGGCUUCUUGAGCUGUGAGGUUUUGCCGAAGGCAAAGGCAUCCCCCACUGCAGGGUGCUGUGUAAUCCUGCUUUCUGGCACC